UCAUCAACUCCAACAAGUCCAAGAAUCUCACAUACUGAUGAAUUCAAAUAACCAGAGUCCAGCGAGUAAUACUGAGAUGGCUCAACAACAUUGGGGUGGUAAAAGUUUGGCCGCUGAGCAAUUGUGUCAAGUCCCUUUUAUCAUCAGUAGGCCUUUUUCAAUGAACUCACUGAUAAACAGUGCUUUCGUGGUUGAUGAUCAUCAUCAAAACAAGGCUCGGCCAGCAGCAACGGCAACGUGUUCCAUUGAGUCUCUAGAUUGCUUGUUCUCUGCUACCAAUAGCAACACUGCUGAAGACACUACAUGUCUAGAUCAAGAUGAUGCGAUUAAUUCUACAAUUGCUCCAAAUUGUCGAAGAUCAAACUUGUGGAACUUUGGAACAGGCAGUACUACUACUGCAGUCUCAUCCGAGUCUGAGACCACUAACAAUGCCUCAAGACCAAACAAAGAGACUCAAAGUUUCAGCAAGAGAUGCCGCAACGAUGACCAAAGUGAUCAGCUCAAGUUUUAUGCAGAAAAUUAUAGUCAACACUUUGAUCUUCUUCAAACAGAUUCUUCUACAACUACUACAGAAGGUGGUGGGUUUAGGCUCAUAUCUGAAAACCCACCCAAGGCAAAGAAGCUCAAAUCAUCAUCAGAUCAGAAGUCCACCACUCCAAGCACAACCAACAUCAACUUUCAACAGCCAACUUCAUCAUCACUAUCAGGUUCCGCCACUGAUCAAGAACCUGAUCCAGAGGUCAUUGCACAGAUGAAGGAGAUGAUUUACCGUGCCGCGGCUUUCCGGCCAGUCAACUUGGGCAUAGAGAUGGUGGAGCGGCCCAAGAGGAAGAAUGUGAAGAUCUCGUCUGAUCCACAGACGGUGGCUGCAAGGCAAAGGAGGGAGAGGAUCAGUGAGAGAAUUAGGGUUUUGCAGAAGCUGGUUCCUGGUGGAAGCAAGAUGGAUACUGCUUCCAUGCUGGAUGAGGCUGCAAAUUACCUCAAGUUUCUCAGGUCGCAAGUCAAGGCUUUAGAGAAUCUGGGCCAAAAGAUCGAUUCCAUGAGUAAUUGUCUUCCUCCUGCAAGCUUUGCUUUCUCUUUCAAUCCUUCCUUUCCCAUGCAAACACACCAUGUCCCACUACACCUUCACCCUAAUCAUAAUAUCCAUCAACCCCCAAACUAGUCCCCAAAAACAAAAGAAAAAGAAGAAGAAUAGAAGCCCUAACCAAAAGACCUUUAAUCAUUCCCAUCAUCAUUUCAUCCACAAUGAUUAACCUCCCAAAACUCUAUUUGACCCAAAUCAUUCUCUUCAUCAUUACAUCUUGAUUUCUAAUCCAGGCUUUGUUAAGUCACAUUCCAUGCCAUCAUAGCACCCCCACCCAAGACCUCCUUUUGGGAAAAUUCUCUUUCCACUACCAUCU